CAAGAUUCCAGGUCCUCUCCAAACCCAAAGCGUGCACUUGUUUUGGAAGCAGCACAGGACAACCUGCUUGAUGACAGAGAUGAGAUCCCAGUGGCAGGCCCAGAACAAGCUGCAGAUAUACCAGAAGCGAAGAGUAACCCAGCCGUAAAUGACAUGUCAACUAGCACAGAACUUCAGCUGUCCUUAGAGGAAUUCCAAGUUCCAUUCCGUGCAUCACACCUGCAGCAAAACUGUGAAAACAGCCAAGAGAUGAUGAUAUCCAAACAUAACACCGACAACCACCACCAGGCUUCUUUCGAGGUAUAUGAUCAUCCAUUAGCCGCAUCGUACCAGCAUCAAAAACCUGACAGGGUCAUGUCAUCCACACAAAUCAACAACAACAAUGACCAGACUGCCUCAGGGAGCUUUCCUGUUUCCUACAGCAAACAGAACGGUGGUGUCGCCAUCAUAAAUGACACUAGCACCCCUCAACCAGAUGGCACACAGGUGAUUCAGACCAGCCAGUACCAGUCUCCAUCGGCAGGUCGGUAUGAAUCUGACCGACCUCUGACGAAACGGUACCAACAGAUUUUAAAGAUUCUCUCUGUAGUGGCUGCCAUUGUCUUCUUCCCAAUUGGUAUUCCUGCCGUUUAUUAUGCAUUUAAGACUGAAAAAGAAUUCAAUGCUGGAAUUUUACGAGGUGAUAUUAGCUUGCUCAAAAAUACGGCAAGCGGGCAGAGAAAGUUCAUAAUUUUCUCAUACCUUCUGUUUGUGAUGGUGGUGAUUUUGUCCUUUACAGUGCAGAGCGGUCUAAAUGGAAUGAUUCAGAUUGGGAUGGACAUAGAAUUCUACCUGGUUAAUUGCCUGUUUUCUUACUGUUAAUUACAAAUGUGAAUCUGUGUCUAGGUUAUGACUCAGUGCCUAUAGGCCUAAUAUGGCUGUGAAUAUAUUGAUGGGUGUGUGUUGAAGAACCCACUUACAAUAUGUGCGAUAUAUGCAUACAGUAAUCUUCUGUUGUUAAUCUGUAUUAUACACCAAAUGCAUGUGAUUUGAGUGUGGAAAUUCGAGAGUUUUAUACAGGUAUAUGUUCUGCAACUUCCAUAUAUACCUCUGUGCCUUCCGUUUAAUCAAGUUAAUGUAAUGCACAGUAGAUUGGUCAGAAUGUAUCAGUGCAUUUUACGAUGGAACAAACGAGUUUGCUAGGAAUGCUUAUAGAUUCAUCAUUUCCAGUGGAUGGUAGGUUGUGAAAUGUUGUCCUCACAUGGGCUUAAAUUGAACUGGAAUAUGAUUAGGAUUACCUUGCCUAAUCAGGUUUUUUUUAACAUUUUAUACUUUUAGAAUGCUCAUAACUUUGGACCAUGCAAGUGCUGAUUUUUUUUGACUGUUAUAGAAAACGGGUAAUUAUGUAUGAUGCUUCACUCUUGAGCAUGGACUAUCAGGUCAUCAUCAUUCUAUUCUGCAAUGUGCUAAACUUUACAUUCAAAAUAACUCAGUUCAGUCAGUUAAGUUUUACAAUCUGGCAAACUUUAUAGAGAUUAAAGAAAAAAUAAUCAUAACAGAAAACAAAUUAAAAUGUUGUGUAAAGAAUUAAUACCUUGAUAUUUUGAGAUUCAGUUUUGUAUAUACUCAGAUUAAUUAAUAUUAUUAUUAUUUUUUUUAUUAUUUGCUUUUGUGGUAUUUCACAGAAACAUAAAAGCUUGUAUCUCGAACAUGAAAAGAUCUAUUCCUAUGAAAAAAAGUACAGAAUAGAAACCACACUUUCUUCUACUUCUUAUUGUGUCUUGUAUAAUCCAC